GCCCAGAACCUGAAAUAUUUAAAUAUUGAUUAUUUUUAUAAAAAAAUUUUAAUUAAUUUAAUUAGAUGUAAAUUUUCUUGGUUAUUUUUAUAAGUAUACUACCAGUUAUUUAUCAAAAUAUAUAUUUUUUUUUUUAAGGUACCUAGCAACAGGAGAAUCCUUCCGAUCUUUGGCAUUUGCUUUUCGUAUUUCCCACAGCUAUAUUAGUAUUAUAGUGAGAGAAACUUUAGCAGUUAUGAAACAAAAAUUAAUGCCACUAUUUUUGCCUGAUCCCAGUAAAGUUGACUUAAAGACUAAAGCAGAUGAAUUUUAUCAGAAGUGGAACUUUCCUAAUUGUGUACUGGCAAUUGACGGAAAACAUGUUAGAAUCCAAUGUCCAAGUAAUUCAGGUUCUUUGUUCUUUAAUUAUAAAGAAUAUUUUUCUAUCGUGUUGUUGGCUAUGGUGGACGCAAACUAUAAAUUUAUAGCUAUUGAUGUCGGAUCGUUUGGGAGAGAAGGAGAUAGUGGAAUUUUUUUGAAAUCAAGUACGGGACAGCAAAUAUUGAAUUAUACAUUUGGAUUCCCUGAGGAUUGUGCACUUCCUGGCACUGACAUAAAAGUUCCACACGUCAUACUUGGUGAUCAAGCUUUCAGACUGCACAAACAUAUUUUAAGACCAUUUUCACAAAAGUCAGCCAAAGGAGAUAGUAAAAAAACAAUAUUUAAUUAUCGACUCAGUCGUGCUCGACGAGUUACAGAGAAUGCUUUCGGAUUAUUAAGUAAAGUAUUCAGAGUAUUUUUUCAACCCAUUAAUAUAAAUACAACAACGUGUGAUGACUUGAUAAUCGUAGCAUGUUGUUUACAUAAUAUGUUACGAGACGCAUAUUUGGAAAAAAAUGGAAAGAUAUUUUAUCAACCCGAUUCAGAAGAACCUCCUAGUGCUAACAUGACGUCUUUAGCCAGUGAAAGUGGAUUUUUAAGCACAGAAGGCGUCGCAGUGAGAGACAUUUUUAAAGAGUACUUUGUUAACGAAGGAGCUGCAACGUGGCAAACAUGAAAUUUAAUUUAUAGUUUCAUAGUAUUAUUAUUCACCCAUAUUAUAUUUUAUAUUGUCAUUAUUAUUAUUUAUUAUACUUAAUUAUUAAUACAAACUUGUAAUAAAUAUGUUU